AUGGCUCUGUCUUUAGCCAUUCGCCGAUUUGCUAUUCCACGCGUUAUUUCUGCCACAUCAUCACUGACAAGCCGAGCUUUCUCAUCAGACAAGCCGCCGUUCUCCAUCAUGGCAAAUCAACCGAACAAUGGCGUCGAUACCAUCUCUAAAGGCUCAAUCGAGGUAUGUCGGAUUAUGGUUCCCGACGAUGCAAAUAUCGCCGGUAAUGUGCACGGGGGAACGACUCUCAAAUUACUCGAAGAAGCGGGUUAUAUAAUCGCGACCCGGCAUUUGAACAAGAACCGUUCGCCAGAUGCUCCCAAAAAUGAUUUUAUAGCAUCUUUGGCGAGAGUCGAAAGGACGGAUUUCCUUCAGCCUCUGUUCAUCGGUGAGGUUGCCCAAGUUCAUGCUGAUCUGAGUUAUGCCUCUAAGCACUCACUGGAAGUUAAAGUGUCUGUCUGGGCAGAGAACCUGGUAACUGGCCAGAGGAGACUUGCCAACCGAGCAGCCUUGUGGUAUGUACCCGUCAAAUACUCAGGGAGGUCUGCCGAUGAGCCGAGAGUCAUCGGAGAGGUACCCCCUCUGAACUAUGCCAGCGAAGCUGAGGAAGAACUUGGAAAAGCUAGGUAUGAGGCUCAAAAGAAAGAUCGGUUGCAGCGGCAAGAGCAUCUUACAAACGUCCCUUGUAACUGUGGUACAACAAUGCCGUCCAUGCACGAUCAGUCGCAGCAUACUGUCAGCGCAUCCCAGUCCUCACUUAUUCACUCCGUCCAGCCGUCAGAUUGUGGAUUCUAUGGCUACUUGUAUGGUGGUGUUGCCAUGAAGAUGAUGGACGAGGUUGCAGGCAUCACUGCUUUUCGUCAUUGCAAAACUAAUGUUGUCACUGCAUCUAUUGAUGCAAUAGAUUUUCAUAAAUUUGUCAAAGUGGGACACAUCAUCAACAUGAAUGGAUUUGUUACAUUUACUAGUUCACGGUCUAUGGAGAUUGAAGUUAUAUUGGAUGCACAAGAUUUAAUGACAGGGACCUGCUUCCGCGCCUGCACUGCAUUCUUCACAUACGUGUCCCUGGAUGCCAACCACAAGCCACAGCCGGUACCACAAAUUAUCUUGACCACAGAAGAAGAAAAGCAGAAAUACGAAGAGGGCAAAAAGAGAUAUGAGGAAAGAAAGAAGCGCAGACUGAGUGCUCACUAGGGUAGAGAGACUUAUGUACAUUUGCUGUAUUUGCUAGUAGGGUCAUCUGGCCCCUUGGGUCCACUCUAACCACACCCCUACUGGCAAAAGACAUGCAUGUAACAACGACUUGACCUUUUUAUUCCUUUUGUCCUAUUUAUAUACCAAACAAGUGGUGCUUUACCAUUGAUUUUUUUACUAAGGUAAGGUUGAAGAUCAGCCAUCAUCAGGAUUUUAGGCUCCCAAAAAAUCAUGAAAAGCACCCAUUUGCAUGGGCUAAUUGAAAUAAGUAACCAAGUAUCAAACAGCACAGGCCCUUUAGCCAUCAGGAGGUUCACAAGAAUUAUUCCACGUGACACAAAGGUUCACUCAAAUAGAAAAACAUUGAGAGCAAAGCCUGUUGUGAAUCAGCUACACUUAUUGCGGUUGGUAAUUUAGGGUUAUUAUUGCAAGAAUUAUUGAAUUUUAACUUUAAAUUAUCAGCAAAGAAGAGGCAGAGAUAGGUUAAAGACAUUAGAGACUUGUGAUGAUACAUAAUACUAUUUGAUAAAUGAGAUAUAAAUACAUUUAACCCAC